AUCUCUGAUGUUUACUUGGCGAAGAGGUUGAUCUCCGAUAAUAAUCUUCAGUUCUCCUCUCUCUCUCUCUCUCUCUCAAACCUUUUUUUCCCCCAAAUUUUCUCUCACUGAAGUUUUGACCUUUUCUUCUUCAACGGUCGCCUCCGAUCGUCGUCGCCGACGGAACCAAAACGCCGUCGCUUUGUUUAUCUCUCUCUCGCUCUAUCUGUGUCUCCGAUUCUUGCUCAGUACGGAAAAGGUGGAGAAUUAAGGAAGAAGAGAGGCUAGGGUUUUUGUUUGAUGGAGGCAUCGGCCGGCAAUGGGAGCAGUGCGAGCAGUGGAGGGAACAGUAGUGGUGGUGAGGAUCGUGCGACGUCGUUUGGCUCUAUGCAAUUCCCGGCGCUGCGAUUCUUCCAGUCGCCGCUUUCUUUUCUGUUAGAUUACUCCGGCAUACUUUCGCCUACCUCGUCGUCCUCGCGCCACGAGAGCGACGCCCCGGUGGUCAACGCCGGCGUCGUUCCCGAUUCGCGGCCGCAUUCCCCUGCGGCCUGCACCAGCGGCUCUAGCAACGCCGGGGAGGUUUCGAUUCGGAUUAUCGGCGCCGGGGAGCAGGAGGACCGCGGGAAUAGUAACGAAACGACGGCGUUGCAAGGGCAGCGUGGAGAGGAGAAUGGAGGGGUGGAUAAUCAGGCCGGGAUGGAUGAGAGAGUCCCCUUGGUGGCUCCGUCGUCGCCGGAACAUGAGGCAGGGGAGGCUGGGAAUGGCGUGGAAGAGAAUUCUAGGGAUUCGGCUUACCAGAGAUAUGAUAUUCAACAGGUAGCCAGGUGGAUUGAGCAGGUUCUUCCGUUUUCGCUGCUCUUACUCGUUGUGUUCAUCCGUCAGCAUUUGCAAGGUUUCUUUGUCACUAUAUGGAUAUCAGCUGUCAUGUAUAGGUCAAAUGACAUUGUUAGGAAGCAGACGGCUCUAAAGGGAGACAGGAAAAUCUCUUUUCUUGUGGGCAUUGCUGUUGUUUUUAUGCUUCAUGUGGUUGGUGUUUACUGGUGGUAUCGAAAUGAUGAUCUUUUAUACCCGCUGGCAAUGCUUCCUCCAAAAGCCAUACCACCAUUCUGGCAUGCAAUAUUCAUCAUUUUGGUAAAUGAUACUUUGGUGAGACAGGCAACAAUGGCUUUCAAGUGUUUGUUGCUUGUAUACUACAAGAAUGGAAGAGGGCAUAACUAUCGUCGACAGGGUCAAAUGUUAACCGUAGUUGAGUAUUCGCUGCUGCUGUACCGUGCCUUAUUACCAGCACCUGUUUGGUACAGAUUCUUCCUGAACAAAGAAUAUGGAAGCCUCUUCUCAUCACUUAUUACAGGAUUAUACUUGACUUUUAAGCUAACAUCUGUUGUUGAGAAGGUCCAAUCCUUUUUUGCUUCUAUAAGGGCAUUAUCACGAAAAGAUAUCCAUUAUGGGUCCCACGCAACAUUGGAACAGGUAAAUGCAGCAGGAGACCUUUGUGCCAUUUGCCAGGAGAAGAUGCAUGCUCCUAUCCUGUUGCGCUGCAAACACAUCUUCUGCGAGGACUGUGUUUCCGAAUGGUUUGAGAGAGAAAGAACUUGCCCUCUAUGCCGAGCAGUGGUAAAACCUGCAGAUCUGCGAACAUUUGGGGACGGAUCAACAAGUUUAUUUUUCCAGUUCUUCUGAAAUCUAAGUCCUGACUUUCAUAGCGUAGAUAUAUGAGCAGCAUUCUUGAAACGGUCACGUUUUGUUCUUGUUAUGAAAAAAAUGAAUGUAAUCUGAUAACAAUGUAUCUUUAGGUUGGCUCCAGGAAAUCGGAUGGUAGGUAUUAUCACUAGAGCGAGAUGUGGUUUGGUAUUAUGUCAAUGUGUUACAAUCAUGAGGUCAUCCUGGAGCCUAAUAGAUGAGAAAACAGAUGACAUGAUCACUACAUCUCCAUGUACAAAACGUGCCUCUGAUGAAUGGGGUCAUCCUUGAUAUGUUAUCAGAUCUUUGUAUAGAUCUAUGAUGCUUCUUUUUUUCUC